AACAAGGGUAUAUAAAACCCAGACCUCACUGCAUUCUGCACAACUUGGAGCUUGAGGCAGCAGCAAACCAGGAUCUACUCUUUUCAAAUACACACAAUAAUUUUUUACAACUGCCUAUCCAUCAGCCUUCAACAGCAUCUGUAACCAUGGUACUGGAGGACUCUGAGUGCAGCGUCUUUGAGCUUGACAUCACUGAGGAGGAUGUGGAGACUGCUUUUGGUCUGCUGCACUGCACCAUGAUGGGUAUUCCGAAGGGUAACCGGCCUACCAUCCUGACCUUCCAUGACAUCGGAUUGAACCAUAAGAGCUGUUUCGAGUCUCUCUUUAAUCACAAAGACAUGCAUGAGAUCAUGCAACACUUUGCUGUGUGCCAUGUUGAUGCCCCAGGACAGCAGGAGGGUGCCAGCACACUCUCCUCUGAGUAUACCUAUCCUUCUAUGGACCAGCUCUCAGAAACCCUCCCUAUGGUCCUACAGCAUUUUGGUCUGAAGAGUGUGAUUGGAAUGGCGGUUGGAGCCGGAGCCAACAUCCUAACACGCUUUGCACUAAAACAUCCAGACAUGGUUGAAGGUCUUGUUCUGAUUAAUUUGAAUGCACAUGCAGAGAGUUUCCUGGAGAGGGCAGCACAAAAGAUCACAAGCUGGACUCAUGCUCUCCCUGAUACAGUCAUUUCACACCUGUUUGGAAAGGAGGAGAUACAGAACAAUCAUGAACUGAUCUCAACCUUCCGUCAUCUCAUUACAAACAACAUUAACCAGUCCAACCUGCAGCAGUUUGUUAAAUCCUACAAAAGCCGAAGGAAUCUGGAGAUCGAGAGACCAGUACAAGGUGAAAACGUAAAUGUAAGAAUGCUCCAGUGUCCAGCUUUGCUGAUAGUGGGUGAUAGCUCUCCAGCUGUGGAAGCUGUGGUCGACAGCAACUCCAGAAUGAACCCAACAACAACUACAUUUCUCAAGAUGGCUGACUGUGGGGGCCUGCCUCAGGUUGAUCAGCCUGGCAAGCUUAUAGAAGCUUUCAAAUAUUUUAUCCAGGGCAUGGGCUACAUGCCCUCUGCCAGUAUGACCCGUCUUGCUCGGUCUCGUACGACCAGUAACUCAUCUCUGGAGCGGGAGCGAAACCGUAACCGCAGCGGUACAAACACGGAUGAGCAGCGUGGACGCUCCCACACCGACGUCUCCAUGGAGAGCACCCCUGGCGCGGAGCACAACUCCUCAGGCCCAACACAUUCCGUCGAGCUGUCCUGCUGAGCGCCUCGUGAAAAUAACACCACCGUGCGAAUCAGAAUGGAACUCAGCAGGCGGUUUGAUAUUGGACCUGAAAUCACUGAAUUUGAACCUGAAAGCUGAUGCUCCUGUGAUUAGAUAAUGUUUAAUGUAUCACUGGUAUUUUUCACAAGAUGGCGCUCACAGUAAACAAAUGUUGCACGUACUUAAUAUAUUGACUUGGCAUUAGUUUAAAAUAGCUGAACCAGUGGUUUAAUUUGACGUUUUAUUACUUACGAUGAACAAUAUGUGAUCUUUUACAAUUAAAAUUGUAUAUAAUUAUGUUAAGAAGGUUCUAUGAUGUUUACAGCUUGGCUGUGAGAAUGUAUAAAAUAUAUAUAUUUGUGUGUGUAUCUUAAAAUGCGGAGUAUGUGCGUGAUUUGUUUGGAGAGUUCUCUGAUCGGGAUGAAUGUUUGGGGGAUUUGUUUAUACAUAAUUUCUGUACUUUUAAUUCCUAACAGUAGUGCUAAAUUUUGAUCUGAGAGUAUUUCUUAGUCUGACAAUAUAGUCUACAACAUCUGACAUAUCUAGUUGUUGUGGUUCUUACAGUUCCAUCUUAUUUUUCAUUAAUUAACAAGGAAGGAAUGUUGGUUAAAUCACUUUAUAUUUAACUACUGUAUUCCUAAAAUAAAAAUAAAUAUAUAUUCAGUCA